GAGAUCACAUGGAGGAUGAAGAUAAAUAUAACAAAACGAUUCCUCAUUACCUUUCCUUCCUCAGAAAGGAUUCAUCUUCCUCCACAUACGUGUCUCACCUUCUCCUCUCUAAUCGCUAAUCUCCUUUCUCUGUUUCUAUCUUCAGAUAGGAAUCCACAUGGAGUCUAUUUCUCCACUCACGAAUCAUCCAACGGCUAGCUCCGGUUUUGAUCAGUCGCGGCGUAAGCGGAAGAAGAAACCAACGUCACUUUCUUCGUCUCAAUCAUCGGUGCAGAAAUGGAGAUCCGAGAAGCAACAGCAAAUCUACUCGACCAACAUCAUUCAAUCUCUCAGGGAACUACGUAUCAGCGCCGCCGCCGCCACCGAUGCCUCUGCUAAGCUCCCUCCUCGCGGCGGAGGCAGAGCCGUACGUGACGCCGCCUACAGGUCUCUGGCCGUUACGGCGAGAGGCAGGACGCUGUGGAGCCGAGCUAUACUAUCUAAAGCCGUUAGAGUGAAGCUCAAGUUUAGGAAACAGAACCGGUUAAGAACUUCGAAUCCUCCCGCGGUGGUAUCGAUAACCGGGUAUAACCGGUUAAGGAAAAAGAGAGCGACGGUUUUGAGGUUGAAGGCGAAGGGUUUUACAGCUGUGCAGAGGAAAAUGAAACUGCUGAGCCGGUUAAUCCCCGGUUGCCGGAAACAACCGUUACCGGUGGUUUUAGAAGAAACUACUGAUUACAUCGUUGCGAUGGAGAUGCAGAUUCGUGCUUUGAAUGCCAUUCUCUCCGCCGUUGGCUCCAGCUCGACUGUGCCGGGAUCGUUGCCGGAGACAGGUCAUGAUGGCGAAGAGACACACAUGCUCGAUUAGCUUGGCCCAGCUGUCUUUUUGUAUUUUUUUCUGUAUUAAAAAAUAUUUGUUUAUUUGAUCGUGAUGUUUUCUCUGCUAUUUUAAUAUUUUGAAUUUAUGAUUCAACUCA